AUGACUCUUCUGAGCAGCACGCAGAACCCAGGUUCCUAUUAUUGCCUGAUUCGACGAAGAUUUAAGAGGAGGCGCAAGAAACGCUCGGAACGCAAAGGUGCUAUUGCAGUGAGGCUGCUCUCAGGUCAGGACAAACCCGUAACCAUGGAUAUGGAUGAGGAGGAGAAUAUGAGUUCGAGCAGCACUGACGUUAAGGAAAACCGAAACCUGGACAACGUGUCCUGCAAAGAAGGGGUGGGUGUGGCCGAGCAACUCCCCAAUGGAAGCGGCUUGGGCGGUCGAAAGCGGCCCCUGGAAGAAGGAAACAAUGGUCACGCUCACUCCAAGUUCCGAGCCAAGAAGCGCAAGAAAACACCAGGACCGAUCCUGCCCAAGAAUGCCCUGAUGCAGCUCAAUGAAAUCAAACCGGGUCUUCAGUAUAAACUGCUGUCCCAGACAGGGCCCGUCCACGCACCAGUUUUUGUCAUGACCGUUGAGGUCAACGGACAAACAUUUGAGGGUAUGGGUCCGACCAAGAAGAAAGCCAAACUGAACGCGGCCGAGAAAGCUCUGCGAUCCUUUGUCCAGUUCCCCAACGCGUCUGAGGCACACCUGGCCAUGGGUCGAACACUGACAGUCAACACAGACUUUACUUCCGACCAAGCUGAUUUCCCAGACAUGCUGUUCAACGGUUUUGAGACACCAGCCAUACCCGAAGAGUCCUUCUAUGUCGGUUCCAACGGUAGCAGCACUUUAAACUCUCUAGGGGAGUAUCCACUCCCCACAGCACCUGGCAGCAACCUUGUCCAGGCGCCACUGCCGCCUCCUUCUGCAUUCAGCUCCCCCUCCAGUGGCAAAAACCCUGUCAUGAUUCUCAAUGAACUCAGGCCAGGCCUCAAAUAUGACUUUGUGUCAGAGAGCGGGGAGAGUCACGCCAAGAAUUUCGUGAUGUCGGUGACUGUGGACUCACAGACAUUUGAAGGCUCGGGGCGCAACAAGAAACUAGCUAAGGCUCGGGCGGCACAGGCCGCUCUCACGGCUCUUUUCAACAUGCAACUAGACCAGACACCGUCCAGGCAGCCCAUACCCAGAGAGGGAUUACAGCUCCACCUCCCGCAGGUUCUCGCCGAUGCCGUCUCUCGACUGGUGGUGGAUAAAUUCAGCGAACUGACAGACAACUUCACAUCCCCCCACGCGCGGCGGAAAGUCCUGGCAGGAGUCGUCAUGACAACAGGAACGGAUGUCAAGGAAGCGCAGGUGAUUUGUGUUGCAACGGGAACCAAAUGCAUCAACGGCGAGUACAUGAGCGACCGCGGCCUGGCCCUAAACGACUGCCACGCUGAAAUUAUCGCCCGUCGCUCCCUCAUGAGAUACCUUUACAUCCAGCUGGAGUUCUUCCUCAGCAGCAGCAAAGAAGAGCAUCAGAAGUCCAUUUUCAUGCAUUGUGAAAAAGGAGGCUUCAAGUUAAAGGACAACAUUCAGUUCCACCUCUACAUCAGCACGUCUCCUUGCGGAGAUGCCAGAAUUUUCUCCCCGCACGAGGCCGGCGUAGAAGACCAGGGAGACAGACAUCCCAACCGGAAAGCCAGGGGGCAACUUCGGACCAAGAUAGAGUCCGGAGAGGGAACCAUACCCGUCAGGUCCAGUAACACCAUUCAAACAUGGGACGGCGUUCUUCAGGGGGAAAGGUUACUCACCAUGUCAUGCAGCGACAAGAUCGCCAGGUGGAACGUGGUGGGAAUCCAAGGCUCCCUGAUGAGCUACUUUAGCGAGCCCAUCUACUUCUCCAGCAUCAUCCUGGGAAGCCUCUACCACGCCGACCACCUCUCCAGAGCCAUGUAUCAGCGCAUCGCCGAUAUUGAGGACCUCCCACAGCAAUUUACGCUCAACAGACCCCUCCUCAGCGGUAUAAGCAAUGCCGAGGCCAGGCAGCCGGGCAAAGCGCCCAACUUUAGUGUAAACUGGACGGUGGGCGACACCGGCCUAGAGGUGAUCAACGCCACCACCGGCAAGGACGAUAUGGGCAGAGCCUCACGUCUUUGCAAGCAUGCCCUUUAUAGCCGAUGGGUGCGCCUACACUCUAAGCUGUCAUCUGUGUUGCGGAUCAAAGUGCCGAAGCCGUCUUCCUACCACGACGCCAAGCAGGCAGCGCUAGAGUACCACUCGGCCAAGCAGGCACUCAUCAAGGCCUUCCACAAGGCGGGUUUGGGGGCUUGGGUCAAAAAGCCAAGCGAGCAAGACCAAUUCACACUUGGCUCCUGA